AUGGACAACCAGACAAAGGCAGAUUACGAGUCGCAAUCCCAAAAACUACGCGCUGAACUCAAGAGCUGGGAAACCUCGUGGGCUAAGUCCCAUGAUGGCAAGAAGCCGGGAAGAGAUGACAUCAAGCGCAAUGCUGACAUUGCACAAAAAUACAAGCAAUACAACAAAGUACGCGACAUCCUCUCUGGAAAGGUUGCACCGCCCACAAAAGAAGAUCCGAAAGCAAACAGAAAGGAGAACACUGCUCCUGUAACGACUCCGUCCAAACGACACAAACAUGCCGAAACCCCCUCGAAAAGAAGAUCGAUACCCGAUGGCGCGAACCUCAACAGCACUCCCUCGAUUUCCAAAACCUUGUUCAGCCCUGUUGCUCCGAGAUCAAUCGGCCCAACGCCGCAGCGCGAUGGUCGGGUUCUUGGACUGUUUGACCUCAUGGUCGAACGAGAACUUGGCACACCGUCGAGGAAGAACGGGUCUCUCAACACAACUGCCGACUCGAGACCGAUGACGACGCCGAGAAAGCGUGCCACGCCCAUGGACGAAGAGAAACUCGGGCGAACCCCAAUGUCAACAAGCAAGAGGCAGAUGUUGGAUAGUUUCAUGACGCCGCUUAAAAACAAGGAAGGGGCCCAGGUGGUCGAUGCAAAGACUCCGACAACAGUUUCGAAGCUUCAGUUUAGCACGCCGUCUUUUCUCAAGAGACACACCCAGCCACCUCCCGCCGAAAGCACCGACUUCGCCGCCCCACCGCUGCGUUUACCCCGGAAACCUAUGGUGCGCGGCCUCAGCGCCAUUGUGGCCAGUCUCAGGAAAGUCGAGGAGGAGCAGCUUGACGAUGAUUUGGAGGCUCUGCGAGAAGCUGAAGGUGCAGAGCCGCAGCCCAAGGCUCCUCCGAAACCGAAAGAGGACUUGCUUGCUGCGGACAGUCAGGUGCAUCUGCCACUGGGCGGCUUUGACGAUGAGGGGAUGUACGAUAGUGUCGAUGAGGAGCAGGUGGGACGGGACGGGAAGCCUUUGAAGAUAUUCAAGAAGAAGGGCCAGAAGCGAACGACCAGACGCGUCAAUAUGAAGCCGACUCAAGUCAAGAGACCGUCGGCUCCUGUUGAGGGCGGCGAUGAAGACGACGAGAUCGUCUCGGAAACGCAGGCCAAUGGAGCUGAUGACGAUUUCGAUGAGCUUGGCGACGCGGGAUCGGGCUCAGACUGUGAAGCGGCAGCUCCCAAAGCUAGCAACGCGAAGAAAACGGAAAAGGUGGGAACGGUCAAGAAGGCUGUCAGGAAGGUGAACGAAAUGGCCCACACCAACUUCCGAAGAUUGAAGUUGAAAAACCACGGCGCAAAAGGAGGACCGGGGUACAACAGUAGGUUCAGAAGACGGCGCUGA